UCCCCGAGGGAGGAUGCGCUGACCACAGAAGCUUAGCUUGUCAUCUGUAAAUGGCCCGAUAUUUACCUCGUUUCAGGUCGCUCGUCAUUGCCCGCGCCGGGGAAGCGACCCGUUUAUAAGUGGAUCGCGACUAAGUGGUGAAAAUUGAAGUGCGUGAAGUGUAAAGUGGAUUUAAACGCUCGGCUAAAUAUAGACCAUCACAAAGAGUGUGAAAGUGUUGUUGUUUUGAUCAAGAAGCCUUUAAUAGGCCAGACGAAUUUAUUUAUAUAUAUUUUUUUAUCGUCGGAGUUGGCAAAAACGAGGAACAGGCCUGUGCGUCUGCGUGGUAGCCUAGGGCUGGACCUGUGCCCCCUGCAAUUAGGAUAAAUGACUGAGCGGCGACAGCGGCCACCUUUCUAAAAAAGUACUUGAAUUCGCUGCCAUGAGGAUCAGUCAAGAGUUGCGGCCCAUCCUGGCAGCACGCCGAGACCUCUACAUUCCUCGCGAAAUGGAUUUGAAAGACGAAGAAAUUCUAGCUCUGUCCUGGGACAACUAUGCAAAGCAGUUCCAUGACAAGUUGUCACAGCUGUGGCACAAGGAAAGGUUCACCGAUGCCACUAUCACCUGUGAAGGGAAGUUUUAUUCUGUCCACAAGAUCGUACUCUCAACCUGCAGUCAGUUCUUCGAGAGGGUGUUUGAGUACACUGUUGGAAAACAUCCCGUGGUAGUAUUACCCGACGUCAAGCAGUACGAAUUAGAAGCCCUGCUGAAAUUCAUGUACGAAGGAGUGCUGCAGAUUGCUCGGAAGGACCUGCCGCGACUCAUGAAAGUCGCCGACUUGCUGAAGAUCAGAAGUUUAUGCGGCCCAGAGGAAUGGACAGCUGACGAUGUAAGUACUAGAGAUAAUCACGCCAAUGCGGUUGACAAGAUGUCCCUUCCGAAAGUCACUCGACCCCUGGAUGUUUCCGGCAGUCCGACUUGCAACAAGAAGAGGAAAUUAGAGGAGGAAAGAACCACCGCCACGUACGCCACUCAGACGUUCGCGCACCAUCCCCACGCUUACGAAAUACACAAGACUCAGGAGACCUACCAGACGGCAACGCUGAGGAUUCCCGGCGAGGCGGUGCCUUUGAGCGAGCUGGCGAGAGAAUUGCCACACGACAACUUGGGCAGCCUGAAGAGCAUUGCUACGUCAGUCAUGGGUUUUGAGACAGACAGACAGUAUCACCACGAAGUACACGAAGCCAACAUAGCAAAAGAGACCGAAGUGAAUAUUAAAGACGAAUUCAUGGAUGAUGUUUCAAACAGUCAAAACGCCGCAGUCACUGCAGAAGUUGAGGACGACGGGAGGGAAGGGAACGCCUCCGGUGAAUCCUUCUUGCCACAUCAGCCGGAUCUGACCGAGUUAUCGCAAGCGGAAGCAGUGCAUCCUCUUUCCGAAGACAUUGCAGGGCCUUCGGGUGUUCACGAGGAAGUUCAGUUGCAGGCUGCAGUUGAAGUGGUGAUGGGGUAGCCGAAGGUGAAGAGGAGGAGUCCCUCUACACACACAGUCCCCAGUCAGCCCAGUGGGAAGCAGAAAGCGCCCCAACGACCGGACGGACGACCAAGAAGAACCAGGCGAGACAGGGGACGGUGAAUUACACGUGCCCCUUUUGCAACAAACUGUUCCUCGACAAGUUCAAGUGUAGCCGUCACAUGUAUGCCCACACCGGUGAGAAGCCGUUCAUAUGUAACAUUUGCGCCCGGAGAUUUUCCAGAAAAGAUAAUCUGCAAAAACAUAUGAAGGACAAACAUAAGCUCUUCAGAGGCCAGUUUUGAUUAGUUUGAGAUGUGUAAUUCAUUAGGGAGUACUAUUAGCUAAAAAUGU